AUGAUAAGAAAAAUUCAAGGCAAGAACGUACGGGAGUGGACCGGCAUCACAUCCGGUGAAGAGCUAGAGACUAGCGCAAGACGAGGCUGUACGGAACUCCUCACAGCAAACACCAGAGUCAAACACGAAGAAGAAUGCAAGCACGAUACAAUGGUGUGUCCGAUCACAGCAACUUGCUGCUCCGUCCCCUUCGAAGAACUCUCAGCCCACCUCCAAUCCACCCACAACAUCAUCGCCGUCUACUCCCAAAAGAUCAAAAUCCUCAUAGAAAACUUCCAGACGAAACUGAAGAAAACGGCCUGCUGCAGGACGAAGUACAAAAUCAUACUCCUCUACCAAAAAAGCGCUUUCAUCAUCAAAGUCUGCAUUUACAACUACCACGUCAAAGUCGAAGUCAUGAGGCGGAAACUGGGACACAUCGCAGACGUGAAAUCAGAAGGCAAAAGAAGCGAUUACUGCGCUUUAGUAGAAUUUCAGAGUAAAGCGCUGUGUACCAAAUCGGCAAUACUUAUUGAGAACGAGGCGUACAGUAAGAAAGCCGAGGUCCAGUGGAGUGAUGUCGUCUUGAAAUCCGAGAAUGAUGAAGCUAUAACCAUCCAUGUUAAUAUAGGGAAAACUGAUAGCGAUUCAACCGUAAAGGAAAUUAUUCAAACGUGA